AUGGCUGCCUCAGGAACCACAGAAAGACACCCCAACUCGGCGAUUUUCAAGCUGGGCAAGAUUCUAGGGAUCUCCAAUAACAAGAGCGCGUCAGGAACAGAGUCGCCGUCACCUGCUACCAGCUCAAAUGCGUCCCUGAGCUCUAGUCCCUCAUCCCCCACGUUACAGGCGAAGGGUGCUUCAGAUCUGAACUACAAGGAGGCCAAGCUCCAUUCGAACUCGACGUCCUCUUUGGCCAGCGCCAAUGUGGGCAACAGUGCACGCAAAGCCAGAAGUCCGGGCCAGAGCUCCUCGCAGGUUGCAGGAAAUAUUGUCCCGAUAAGCCUAAAUUCGAGCGACGCUGUGCCUUUGUCGCGGUCUGGGUCGAUGGCGUCUAAACCUCCCCAAGUGGCCCGUUUCCUGAUGCGCGAGGACGGAACCCACGAGCACCAUCUUCGAAACACCAAGCGACAGGAGAAAUUGGGCCAGAUGGUGAAGGAUUGGCUCGGAGCCAAGAAAUUAAGAAAUUCUGCCGUUUCAGCCAUUCCCAAUAUAUUGUCCUCCUCGAACUUGGCUGCGCUCGACAACGAGGCUAAGGCCAGGGUGGACGCAGCAACUAACAAGAACCUGCCUCCAACACUGCUGUCUGGUCUCUUGAACCAGGUGAAGCGAGGCGAUAUCACCCAGUUCUCUGGGCCUCACAACGCCAUCCAGCAGCCUAGCACCGCCAUGAGUGUGAAUAUGAAGCCUGAAGCGGCGGACGAUCGUCUGUUUGUGGAAAAAUACGGCGAAUGCCAAGAAGUGAUUGGCCGCGGUGCAUUUGGAGUGGUGCGUGUGGCCCAUAAAAAAGUGGUCAAGGAUGGUUCUGACGGAAUUACCGAAAUUCUUUACGCAGUCAAAGAGUUUAGAAGACGUCCUAAUGAAAGCGACAAACGCUACUCCAAAAGACUGACGAGCGAGUUCUGUAUAUCCUCGUCGUUGAAGCAUCUGAACAUCAUAUCGACCAUCGACCUGUUGAAAGAUGCAAAGAGCGAUUAUUGCGAGGUCAUGGAGUAUUGUUCGGGAGGCGACCUGUACUCCCUGAUUGUGACGGCAGGAAGGCUGGAGUACGCGGAGGCAGACUGUUUUUUCAAACAGCUGGUCCGGGGCCUCAAUUAUAUGCACAAGAUGGGUGUUGCUCACCGGGAUCUGAAACCAGAAAAUUUGCUACUCACGUCAGAAGGAACGCUGAAAAUCACCGAUUUCGGUAACGCCGAGUGCUUCAAAAUGGCGUGGGAGGACGAAGUGCAACUGAGUCAUGGAAUCUGCGGCUCCUCGCCAUAUAUCGCGCCCGAGGAGUACACGCAGAAGGAGUUCGACCCGAGACCCAUAGAUGUCUGGGCGUGCGGCGUGAUAUACAUGGCCAUGCGCACCGGUCGGCAGCUUUGGAAGCUGGCCAACGCGGAAGACGAGUUCUUCACCACUUACCUGCAGAAAAGGAAGGACGCCAAAGGCUACGAACCGAUCGAGGGUCUCAAACGUGCGAGAUGCAGGAACGUUAUAUACUCUGUGCUAGAUCCCCUGCCGCAGAGAAGAAUCACGUGUGCCCAGAUACUGAACAGCGAGUGGGUGCGGGAGAUCAAAGUUUGCAAGGCUGGCGACUGCGGAAAAAGAGUCGAGUAG